CGAAUAUGAGAAUUUUGUACCAAAUCCAACAAUCGUUGAUAAAGGACAUGUAGCAAUUUCAAACAACUAUGAUGUAAAAAAAUUGGACAAUAUUCGAGGACAUUUAGUUACAUUUCCUCUUCAUUUCUUAGAGUCAGAAAACUUAAUGACAAGUGUAAUUUUAAGUUCUGUUACUAAUGAAAUAUUUACCUAA